GGUUAAAGGUCAAUAAAAGCCACACGGAAUCAAAAUGGCGGCGUCCAGGGGUUGUUUUGGCGUUUGUCGACAGCUUUGGACAAUCUUGUGCCUUUAUCUCGUCUCCACUGUGGCCUUUCUUGGACUCUGCAGUGUCGUAAGAGCCAGACCUCUCGAAAUGAAGAACAAAAGUACGUCUAAGAACGCCGAGGACGACAAGCUGAGCCCGCCCGACCACCUGGACGCUGUGCGUAUGGAGAGAGACGGCCACCUGAACAGAGAUUUUCACCAGGAAGUUUUCCUCGGGGAAGAGAAGGAUGACAUCGAGCAAAUCCCGCACCACGUCAUCGACGACAGGCUGAAGGAGAUAUUUAAAAGGAUAGACGUGGAUACAGACGGCCUCCUGACCCAACAGGAGCUCCAGGACUGGAUACUGAGGAAAACACAGGAACACUUCCAGGAAGCUGAACAGGAGAACAGCAAACACUUCCAGGAAGUGGACCAGAACAAAGAUGGUAACCUACACUGGGAUGAGUACCGACUACAGUUCCUGGAGAGUCGGGGGUACGACAGGGACAAGAUCAUGGAGGUCAUCCAACAAGACACUGAAAUUGAGAUGGAUGUGGAUGAUGAAGAGGAUCUGGAGAGGGACCAUGACAGGUUCCUCCAGGCAGAUGAGGACCCGCGGGAUGAGCUGUUGAAUGAGAAAGAGUUCUUGGCCUUCCGCCACCCAGAACACAGCAGCAGCAUGCUCAGUCUGAUGGUUCAGGAGAUACUGCAUGACUUAGAUCAGAACGGUGACCAGAUCCUGACCCUGCUGGAGUUUGUGUCCAUGCCGUAUGGAGCGAAGGUUGAGGAGGUGGAGGACAGUAAGGACACCUGGGUGGUCGAGCGCAGGCAGGAGUUCAAGGAGGUCAUGGACACGGACGGGGACGGCAAGGUCACGCUAACGGAACUAGAGGCCUACAUGGAUCCCCGCAGUGACCAGCAGGCACUGAACGAGGCACGCCAGAUGAUCAGGGUCGCUGACGCCAACAGCGACGGAAAACUUUCGCUGGCCGAAAUCCUGGACAACUGUCAGUUUUUCAUCGGGAGCAAGAUGGCAAACUAUGCAAAAGUUGUGCACGAAGAGUUCUGAUAGGAAACCUUCACUGCAAAGAGAUAUCUAAAAACAAAACAAAAAGUUUAUGUCAAUUCACUCCCAUCAGAUUAUGUUGAAAGAAGAGCACACUGGCUGCAUUGUGAAACCAAAAGUAGCAAAACAGAGCUGUACGUAUUGAGAUAGGUACUGCAUGAUAGGUGCUCUAUUGGUGAAAUUUGCAAUAAAUACGAUGGUCACAGAAUGACCAACCAGAGUCAAAAAAGAGGGUUUGUGCUAAAAUAGAGUAAGAGUCAUGGCCACAACUUAAACAUAGAGUUAAACCUUAUGUGUGAGAUAAAGGAAGGAGACGCCUUCUACACAGCCCACCAAAGAGCAAACAACAUUUCACAGGUUUGUGGCAACUCGGCAUGGUAACAAUUCAUUUGACAAGACACAAUCACUGUAAAUUCUUUUGAAGUUGAGGCACUUAGAUUUUUGGCGUGGUGAAAUUCCGGAGUUUGCAGUAUCUUUUGACUUUGUAGUUGAAGCAAUAGUAGUGACUUAAGAAAAACAGACCCUUUUGUUCGGUGUGAUGUCUAUACAGUGAGAGGUCCCUAUAUACAUUGUACAUGACUAUAGCGGCAAAUAUUUCGACCACAGCACUAGCAUAAGACCAAAAUAUAUAGCCAUAGAGGAUAAUUUAUAACAGCAAUGUUGGCUGUAGGUUUACAUGGUGUUUGUUUAUAUUUUAUAAAGACUUGUUUAUGGCUCUUCUCCACAAAGUUUCCCAACUUGGUUUACAUCAUGUGUGUUAUAAUGUUCUUCACUACCAAACUUCACUACCAUACAUGUUUCAAACUGUUUUUUGAAAGAUUAUCUUUGCACAUAAUUUCCUUGGAAUUAAUCAAGACUCUGGGGCACAAAAAGAUGGAUUGUGUAUGUUGGGCUUCAGAUUUUCUUAUUGUGUUCUCAUGCAGAUUAUUUCCACUCAUUCAUCUUGUCAAAAUAUUAUGUCUGUACUAUGUCACCCCUUCCUAAUCUUUUCCCAUCGGAGAAUUUGUUGUGAAGGGAUGGAUCAGGUAUUCUCUGGCCAUGCCAACACAGCACUUAGGAUAAAGGGCAGGAGAUUGUACAUAAGAUUUCUUUCUUUCUUCUUGAUGUAAUUAUUGAAUUUACAUUUUUUUAUAUGCGAAUUGUGCAAUCAUGUAUAUAAAAGAGUCUGCUUGGGCUUUUUUAGGUGGCAUUAAGGGAGAGUUAAUAGCAAAAGUCUUGCCAUAGUUAACCUUUCAGUAGAUGAAAUCAGUGUUUGUCCUGCAAGUUUAUAUGUUCUCAACCAUAACAGCACAUUUCUUGGACUUGCUUUGUUCUACAGAAGAGAAAGGUUUGGCAUUACCCAACCUCAAAAGUGGAACUGAUCACAAAAACGUAUGACAGAAAUGUCAAUGAGUAUAAGCCUUAUGAAAUGUAGUUAUUAUGUAACUCUGUUCCUUCUGAUGUUGUACAGAUGCAUGGGACUGGCAUGUUAAUAUCCUUGCAAAUGCAUCAUGUAACUGCUAUCUUAUAUGUAACUAUUUUGAACUCUAACCAUGAUGGUAGUAGCUUGGUUUGUUUUUUGGGUGUAAAAAGAUAUGCACCUAAGAAAAGCACUUAUAUAUGGGAAGGUAAUGAAAUGUUUCCACUAUAUGUUCAGAAUAAA